CUUCUCUUAGAAAAUAACGCGGUCUGUGGUGUCCUGCGGUUCGGCUUUACACUUGUCACGUUUUCUUUACGCUUGUAUAGUUCUAAUUCUUACGUAAGAAAUCACGUUAGGUUCGAGAACACGAUUUCGAAUGCAUCGAAUGCUCAAACAUCUGUUCAAAUGUGGAGCAACAUUUGUUGAGCGAAAAUGGCGCAGGUCCGGACCGACCGGGAUGGGGGACAACUACCGACCCCAUCCGAUGGAGCCGCUCCGGUCCACCCAACCGACCGCCCGGAGGAAAAGAGGAAGCUACUUCGGACUUACAUUUACCCUAUGACCAAUGCGUCCCGAGUAUGGGAGGCGAUCAUUGCGAUAACAUGUGUGGCGACGGCUUGCAUCGGCACUUUCAAGGUAUCGUUUGAGUCCAGACACACAGAGCUAUGGGUCCUCACGUACAUCUUCGACGCAUUGUACCUCUCGGACAUCGUACUACAAUUCUUCUACGUGUACUUUGACUACGGGGUUCCGGUGACCGACCUCAAGCUCAUCAGACGGCGGUACAUGAGACGAACGUUUGCCGUCGACCUUCUUUCCCUCUUGCCGAUAGAACUGAUUGCCUUUGGAGUUCCAGGGGAGUCGUUUUGGAAAAUGAUGGCAUUGUUUCAACUGAAUCGUCUUCUGAGGAUGUAUAGAGUUCAGACUUUCUUCGACAUAUUGGAGAUGGAGCUCGGCUUGAAGACGGAGUAUAUCCGCACUAUGAAGUACACGGCGGUGUCCUGGCUGUGUCUACACCUCAUGGCCUGCGGAUGGUUCGCGCUGGGAUGUACGGGCAAGCACUGGGGCAUGCAGGAAGAGUGUGAACACGAAACAUGGACUGAGCCGAAUGAACGUGCAGACAUUCUGUUUCCGAACAACGACACCGGCUACGAAUAUGUAAUUUCCAUGUACUGGGCCACAGCAACGUCCACCUCUACAGGAUACGGUGACAUCCACGCCAAGUCGUUGAGUGAAAAGGCGUACUCUAUCGCAGCCAUGUUGGCGGGUGUAGCGGUGUUUUUCGGGAUGAUUCUCGGCGGCAUGACUUCAAUGCUGACCAAUAUGGACUCCCAACGCGCCCAGUUCACACAUCGCCUCGAUACCAUCAAACAAUAUUUGAUUGAGGAGGACAUCCCCGAGACGCAGCAGCGACAGAUCAUAAAGUACUACAAGUAUUUCUGGACCGUGGUUUCUAAGGACGGUACGCCCUUGGCUACCUUUAAACAUGGAAAGGUUUUCGGAGAGCUUAGUUUGAUAUUCAACGUCCCGCGUACGGCCUCCAUUCGCGCCGCCACGAACUGUGACCUGAUCGUCCUGGAGAAAAAAGACCUGCACAUCAUUCUCAACCACUAUCCUGACGUCAUGAAGCGACUACACGAGAUGGCUGUCCAGCGCUUCGGCUCUCCCGACUCGCCGCUGUAUGGGCUCACUGAUGUGGGCACAGAGGGUAUGUUUGGACAUCUGGCCUCAGGAACUAGCGAGGACGCACAGGGAGCGGAAGCUGUGAGUUCUGCAGUGUCAACUCGCCGCGCCUCUGCCCUCAGACGGUUGUCCCUCCGGAAGCCAUCCACGGACCCAAUGACCGGUCACAGAGACUCUAUCGACGAGGACCCGGCAACAAGAGGCUCCUUUUUCGCUGCUGUGAAGGAAAAGGAGGACAGCACAGGGGAAGGUGCGCGCGCCGGGAGCCGUCCUCUCGCGGAAGCGCGCCGCGCCUCUCGUGGUGCGUCCAGGAAGUCCAUCAAGCUCAGUGAAUCAGUGGAGAUUCUCAACGCACAGCUCGCGCCGUCCGUAGAGGAGGGAGCCAUUUGCGCCUGGUUCAGACUGAAGUGCCUUGUCGUGGUUGAGUGGUUAGCAUCCCACGUGCUGGACCCAACCUCCAUCUUCUGUCGCGGCUGGGAAAUCUUCAUCAUCAUCACGACCUUUGCCGUCUGCAUGAGCCACAGCUACCUCGCCGCCUUCUAUGUCACUAGGGCGGGCGCCAAUCCCGUCUGGGCCUUAGGCAGUUCGGGGUUCAUCGUCUCGUACUUGCUGGACGUCCCUUUGCUGCUGGAUGUGGUCAUCAGGCUCAGGACUGGGAUCUUCACACCGAAUGGAAUCCUGACAGACUGGGACUCCAUCAGGACGCACUACGUCCGGAGCUGGAGUUUUGUACUGGACUUGUGCAGCAUCCUGCCGAUCGAGCUCUUCGCCCUGGCAUCGCCACAUCUUGGCACCGUCCGCCUCGGACUUGUCGCCUGUCUCAAACUGAACAGGCUGAUCAAAUUUCACAAGCUCACGACGUUCUUCAGCAAGAUGGAAGAGUCGCUGACCAAGGACAUCUUUGUGACGCGGUCCCUGAAGCUGUUCACGUACAUUAUCCUGAUCAUCCACUGGUGCUCCUGUCUGCUGUACGCUCAAUCCUGCCCGGGCUUCGGCACAGACCCACAGGAAUGGUGUGUGGAGGGAGGUUGGGUGGACCAUUUGGGCCUCGCAGGCAAGGAGAUAUCGAUGCACCAUUACUUCGUCAGCCUCUACUUCACCGCAGCGACGAUGACCAGCACGGGUUACGGCGACAUCGUGCCGUCCACCACCACCGGCCGGGUCCUGGCCAUGGCGGUGAUGAUUGUCGGGCUGCUGCUGUGUGGCUACUGCGUCAGUGACAUCGCGGCCACACUAUCCAACAUGGAUGCUGCCAGAGUUGACUUCCAAGCGAAGCUGUCGGUAGUGAGACAGUUCAUGAAAGACCAUGAGAUAUGUCCAAACUUACGGCGUCGCGUGGUCAACUACAUGAUCCUGAUGUGGGGAAAACUCAGAGGCGAGGAGGUAGCUGGGUCCAUGGGUCUCAUGCACGACAUGCCUGUCGCCUUACAACAGGACGUCGCCUUCGAAGAGGCGAAAGAAGUCUUGGAGCAGGUCCCGCUGUUCCAGGAGACGGAUCCCUCCUUUCUGCGAGAGUUGGCGGUCAACACGCACGCUGUGCUGUACGCACCCGGUGACGUCAUCGUGUAUUCUGGAGACAUCACCCGUGACCUGCACAUGAUUCGGAAGGGCUACUGUGAGAUACUAACGGAUGACCUGGCAGAGACGUUGUGUAUCAUGGGCCCUGGUCAGUACUUCGGACAGCUGUCCCUGCUGUUUGGUGACCAACAGCCGGACACGAUCCGAUCCAGGACAUAUGUCGAGCUGAUUAUCUUGACCCGAGAUGACCUGGAGGAUGUGCUCUCGAAGUAUCCCCUCGUUGAAAAGCAAUUUCACGAACUGUCCAAAAUGGAGGACUUCCGCGAAGCGCUGCGGUUGAGUAAGAUUGGAACGGAAGGCCCAACAAAGCCACGGAUCAGGUCAUUCAGCCAAGUCGCCGCCACGGCCGACGAUGAUCAACUGGAAUCGCUUUAUCUCCCCAGUCUUCACCGCAAAAAGUCGGAGCCCGUCUUCAAGUUCCCCUCAGAUGGGCUGGGGGGAGAUAAAGACUACUUGGAGCCAUUCCAUCGUUUGAGCACACCGCUUCGCAUCCUGUCCAAUUUGCUGAUGAGACGCACCUUCAUGACCUCUGGGAGGUGGUUCCGUGUGUGGAUAGGCUUGCGCUUGCUCAUGGCGGCAGCCUCCACCUUUACCUACACGUUACAGGCCGCCCUGCUGCGCGAGUCUUGGGCCUUAUUCGGCAUCAACAUCGGCCUGGACGUCUGCAACUUCGUGGACAUGUACAUCAAGCUGCACGCAGCCUUCUACAACGAUAAGCACGUGAUGGUGACACACCCUCUGGAGACUGCCAGACAUUACCUCAAGACUAACUUCCUGAUGGACAUCAUGGCCAGCUUCCCUAUUGAGCUGGUGGCCAUUCCCUUCAUCACAAACUGGGACUACACGGACCUCAUGGCUCUGGUGGGUCUUCUGAGGCUGAACCGUGUGCUGAUCGCCUACAACCUCCUGCUGUUCUUUGACUACUUGGAGUCCAACGUGGAGAUCGAAACUGGAUUAAUCAGACAGGUCAAGUUCUUCUUGUACUCACUCAUCUUCACCCACUGGACCACGUGCGUCGUGUGGUUGAUGGGCUGCCCGCCCUUUCUGUCUACACCCUGUGUGGAGGACAACUGGAUCGCCCGAACGUUGGUGGACGAGCACGAUUUCAAAGAAGACGAACACGGCAAGAUGUACGCCACUAGCAUGUACUGGGCAUGCGCCACGGCACUCAACGUGGGCUAUGGAGAUUUGCACGCCAGCUUAGACAAGGAUUAUGAGAUGGUGUUGAUGGCCCUGCUUCAGAUCGUGGGAAUCGUGUUCUAUGGUUACAUCGUCGCCAGCGUAGCGGCCAGCUUAGCCAACGCGGCAGCGCAGCGCGCUCGCUACCAGGAGAGACUGAGGCUGAUCUUCGCCUUCUUAAAGUGCUACGGUGUGGAUGAACGUCUCCAGAAGCGUGUCGACCAGCACUAUGAGUACCUGUGGGUGCGAACACGUGGCAUCGCAACCCGAUCACUGUUUGAGGGUUUACCAGUGGCUCUAGAGGCUGACGUGACAUUCACGUUAUACCAGAGGAUCAUCGAAAAAGUCCCGAUCUUCUAUGGUAUGGACGUCGGCUUCGAGAAGAUGGUGUCUCUUUACUUCAAACCCACAUUCGUGCUGGAAGGCGAGCUAAUCGUCCGGAAGAACGACAUUCCAACUGAGAUGUUUUACGUACUUCGCGGAGCGGUUGAGAGAGUGUCUCCGGAUGAAGACGACUUCACCGGGCGAGCAGUGUGCGCAGCUGGCCCCGGCAGUUUCUUCGGUUACAUGCAUGUCAUGCUGAAAGAACCCUGGGAAUUCACUGUCAGGGCCAAAUCUAACUGUGACCUGUACAUCCUGACAAGAGCGGAUCUCCUGGACGUGUUGUGUCACUACCCAUCGCUCCAUACUCAGGUCAUUGACCGCACGGAAGUCAUCAGGAAGGAGACGGGCAAGGAAGAAUCAUGGGACUAUGUAUACAGUGAGCAAGCUGAGUUCCAAGAUACGCAGGAGAACCAGAGUGAUGUACAAGUCAAUCCGACGGACAAAACAGGGGAUGUGGCCGUUGACAUAGAACCGAUGGAAUACGAGGUGGCCGUGUCAGUCUCCAGGCCGAUCCUCCUCCGCCCGUUCGCGCGCAUCUGGGGCCGGCUCCGUCGCUGGAACCGGUUCGUGAUCGACUGCCGGGGUCUCGGCGCCAGGCUGUACUGGCACCUCAGCACCUUCGUGCUCAUCGGCUCACUCUGGCUGCUGUCCUGGGAGGCCGCAUUCCAAAGUCACAACUGGGAGAUCCUCUUGCUCACCUAUCUGUGUGACGCGUUCUUCUUAAUCGAGAUCUGGCUGAAAUUCCACAUGAGUUACAUCGACGAGCACGGCAACGUGGAGGCCGAUUUCGACCGGAUCUUCACCCACUACUUCUACAACAAAAAUGGCCUUUUGGUUGACGUCAUUGCAGCUCUUCCAGUGGAUAUCUUCGCCCUGGCGGCUGACACACAUCAGCGACUAAUAGUCCUCUCUCUUCUGCGUCUCUGGCAUCUUCUGCGCGGUGUCCGCGUGGUGCAGUACUUCAACAAACUGAGUACCGAUCUCAGGGUCAACGUCUUGAUGGCUCGACUGUACCAGUCCCUUGUGGAGGUGCUGCUCGUCAUCCACCUGCUGUCCUGUUUCUUUUACAUCGCCGCUUGCCCCCUCGGAAAGUGUCAGAAGAACACCUGGGUCCAUGACAUGCAAAUGCAUGCCGGUGGAGAACAUGGUGAAGAAGAAGAGGAGCAUCACGAUGAAGAGGAGGAAGAGGAGGAUGAGGACCACGAGGAAGAAGAGGAGGAGCAUCAUGAGGAGGGAGGUCCAGUGGUAGUACCCCCAUCCCUACAGGCCUAUGUGUCCACGGUGUAUUGGACAGUCGCUACAUUGACAUCAACUGGCUAUGGAGACAUCCACGCAUUUUCUCCAGCAGAGAUGAUCUGUGCCGCUGUGGUGAUGGUGUUCGGCAAGAUGAUGUUUGGGCUGGUUCUCGGGAAUAUUGCAUCAACCUUGUCCAAUACUGAAGCUUUCAAAGUCUCUUUUGAAGAAAAGUUAAAGGCUACGAAGGCUCACAUGGAGGACCAGGCUGUUCCAAACGAUCUCCGACAGAAGGUGGUUCACUACUACGACUACAUCUGGCUAAGAAACAGGGGAGUGGACGUGUCCACGCUGUUCCAAGAAGCACCCAGAUGUCUUCAGGAGGACAUCUCUUACGGCAUGACGAAGACGUAUCUGAACGGUUCCUCGCUUUUCCGUGGAUUGCCCGAAAGUUUUCUGAAGACCCUGUCCACCCGGCUGAGACUGCUCUUCUUCUUACCUGGAAACUACGUCCUGCACCGAGGAGAUAUGGGAGCCGAGAUGUACAUUAUCUUCCGUGGGGAGGUUGAGAGCGGGUACGACAAGUCGGACGGCGAGUUUGUUGCUGAGACCGUGAUGGGCGAGGGGAAGGUCAUCGGUGAGAUGAGCCUGACGUACAGCCUGCCCCGCCGCAGGUCGGUCCGCGCCAGGAGGCACACGGACAUCUUCGCUCUGAACAGAAGGGAUCUUUUGGAUCUAUUGGAAGACUUCCUAGCGGUACGAGAAGAGAUCGAGCAGCGCUCCGUCCUGUUGUUCGCACACCUGGGCGCGCCACGUCACAAGGAUAAGGAUCGUCGCUCCGACUCCCUGUCCGCACGAAGGUCCGGAACCUCACAAUCUAGCUUGACCACUGACAGAGAGCAACUGGUCAGCAGGCCUCGGUCCCCGGGCGUGCACGCUAAACAUGUCCUGGAUAUGGUACUAGGGAUCUAGUUUGAAACUGUUCAGUUAGAAAACUUAGAUUCUAAUACUAACGUAUUGGACUCAGUGUCUCAUUUCUUGCAUUGAUGUUUUAGCACGUCUUCUAGUUCGAAAGUCAUCUCAAACAGUGAAAUAUCUAGCCUCACGGUUUAGCACCCUACACGUGUAUCCCCCUGAAACACUACGAUUACAGUUUUUUUGUUUACUCUGUACUGAAUUAUUUGAUCUCCAUGAGAAAGCCAUGAUAGUUCUGAAAUAUCGGUGUUUACAUACAUUGUAGCUAUGCUUCAUGACAGACUGUACUGAAUACAUACAUCACUUGACGAAGUUUUUGCUUACUACUCUUUACGGCUGGAUUUAGACAUAACUA